GGCUUCCCCGGGGGGGGCUCGCGCCCUCCUGCAUGACCCGUCCCCGCGGCUGCGCCGGGCGAUGGCCGCGCGCUGAACAUGUCGGCGUCCAGGCUCAACGGCGGCGUCAAUGGCUUCCCGGAGGAGGGCAGGAUGGAGGCGGGCGACGUGGGCCGCAUCCUGCGCUGCCUCGAGAUGGGCACCGUCCUCACGCUCUUCUACCAGAAGAAGUCGCAGCGGCCCGAGCGAAGGACCUUCCAGGUGAAGCUGGAAACCCGGCAGAUCAUCUGGAGCCGCACGCCCGAGAAGGUGGAAGGCGACAUCGACAUUCGAGAGAUAAAGGAGAUCCGCUUGGGGAAGAACUCGCGGGACUUCGAACGCUACCCGGAGGACGCUCGCAAGCUCGACUUCACCAUGUGCUUCAUCAUCCUCUAUGGGAUGGACUUCAGGCUGCGCACGCUCAGCGUGGCUGCUUUCUGUGAGGAAGACAUCAACCUGUGGAUAACAGGCCUCAACUGGUUGGUGGCAGACACCCAAAAAGCCCAGACCCCACUGCAGAUUGAAAGGUGGCUGCGGAAACAGUUUGAUGCCAUGGACAGGUCACGGGAAGGCAGCAUCACAGUGAAGGACCUGAAGGCCAUGCUGCCCCAGGUGAACUACCGUGUACCCAACAUGAGGUUCCUGCGGGACAAGCUCGUGGAGGUGGAAGCCAGGAAUGAGAUGACUUUCUCCCACUUCGUCCAGUUCUACAAAAACCUGAUGUUUGACACACAGAAGUCGGUCAUUGAGCAGCUGGAGCUCUCCUUCCCCUUGCGGAACGUGGAUCGGCCAGAGCUCUGCCAGAUCUCUCUCUAUGACUUCCAGAAGUUUCUGCUGCAUGACCAGAAGGAGCCCUGGGCCAGUGACGUGGGCGUGGUGCGGGACUACAUGUGCUCCUACCUCAGGGACUGUUCCACCGAGGCAGCAGACCCCUCCUUCCAGCUGGAUGAGUUCCUGACUUACCUCUUCUCCAAGGAGAACAUGGUGAUGGACUCAAAAUACGAGCGCGUAGUGCCUGAGGAGAUGAACCACCCCCUCUCACAGUACUGGAUCUCCUCCUCUCAUAACACGUACCUGACAGGGGACCAGUUCUCCAGCGAGUCCUCCUUGGAGGCGUACGCCCGCUGCCUCCGCAUGGGCUGCCGCUGCAUUGAGCUGGACUGCUGGGAUGGCCCAGAUGACCUGCCCAUCAUCUACCAUGGCCACACACUCACUUCCAAGAUCAAGUUCCUGGAUGUCCUGCACACCAUCAAGGAGCACGCAUUCGUCACCUCCGAGUUCCCCAUCAUCCUCUCCAUUGAAGACCACUGCAGCAUUGUCCAGCAGAGGAACAUGGCCUCCCAUUUCAAGAAGGUCUUUGGGGACAUGUUGCUCACCAAGCCGGUGGACAUCAACGCUGAUGAGUUACCAUCACCCACGCAGCUCAAGAAGAAGAUCCUUAUCAAGCACAAGAAACUGGUUGAAGGCAACCUGUAUGAGGAGGUCUCCACAGCCAGCUACUCCGAGAAUGACAUCAGCAACUCCAUCAAAAAUGGCAUCCUCUACCUUGAAGACCCCAUUGAUCAUACCUGGAGCCCACAUUACUUCGUCCUGACGAGCAACAAGAUCUACUACUCGGAGGAGACAUCCCGCUACCAGUUCAAUGAGGAUGAGGAAGAGGUGGAGCAGAAGGAGGAGUUCAACAACAACGAGCUGCACUUCACAGAGAAGUGGUUCCACGGGAAGCUGGGAGGGGGCCGCGAUGGGCGGCAGAUUGCUGAGAAACUGCUGCACGAAUAUUGCACCGAGACAGGCGGAAAGGACGGCACCUUCCUCGUGCGGGAGAGUGAGACCUUCGUGGGCGACUACACUCUCUCCUUCUGGAGAUCCAACCGCGUCCAGCACUGCCGCAUCCACUCGCGGCAGGAAGCCGGCACCACCAAGUUCUACCUGACGGACAACCUGGUCUUCGACAGCCUCUACAGCCUCAUCUGCCACUACCGCGAGGUGCCACUCCGCUGCAACGAGUUCGAGAUGCGCCUCACGGACCCCGUGCCCCAGCCCAACGCCCAUGAAAGCAAAGAGUGGUACCACGCCAACUUGACACGCCUGCAGGCCGAGCACAUGUUGAUGAGGGUCCCACGGGAUGGAGCCUUCCUGGUGCGCAAGCGCAGCGAACCCAGCUCCUACGCCAUCUCCUUCAGGGCGGAGGGGAAGAUCAAGCACUGCCGCAUCCAGCAGGAGGGUCGGCUCUUCAUGCUGGGCAGCUCGGCCGAGUUCGAGAGCCUCGUGGACCUCGUGAGCUACUACGAGAAGCACCCUCUGUACCGCAAGAUGAAGCUGCGUUACCCCAUCAACGAGGAGACCUUGGAGAAGAUGGGCACCACUGAGCUGGACUACGGAGCCCUGUACGAGGUGCGGACCCCUCACUUCUACGUGGAGGCCAACAAGAUGCCCAUGGCCAGGUGCACAGUGAAGGCUCUCUAUGACUACAAAGCCCAGCGGGAGGACGAGCUGUCGUUCUGCAAGCAGGCCAUCAUCCACAACGUAGACAAGCAGGACGGUGGCUGGUGGCGGGGGGACUAUGGAGGCAAAAAGCAGCUGUGGUUCCCAGCCAACUACGUGGAGGAGAUCGUGAACGCGCAGGCACAGGAGCAGGAUGAAGCUUCAUCGGAAAACAGCCCCCUGGGGAACUUCCUGAAGGGCUUCAUCGACGUGCCGUCCUGCCACGUAGUUAUCUCCAAAGACGGGAGGAGCUCCAAACCAUUUGUCUUCACCAUCCAUUCCCAGCAGAUGUCCCACGCAGCCCAGUCGCUGGACGUGGCCGCAGACACGCAAGAGGAGCUCAGCGAGUGGGUGGCCAAGAUCCGGGAGGCCACACAGAACGCCGAUGCCAGGAUGCAAGAGGGGAAGAUCAUGGAGCGGAGGAAGAAGAUUGCACUGGAGCUCUCCGAGCUCGUCGUUUAUUGCCGCCCGGUGCCGUUCGAUGAAGAUAAGAUCGGCACAGACAAGGCCUGUUACCGGGACAUGUCCUCCUUCCCGGAGACCAAAGCAGAGAAAUACGCCAACCGCAGCAAGGGCAAGAAGUUCCUGCAGUACAACCGGCGCCAGCUCAGUCGCAUCUACCCCAAAGGCCAGCGCUUGGAUUCCUCCAACUACGACCCGCUGCCCAUGUGGAUCUGCGGCAGCCAACUGGUGGCCCUCAACUUCCAGACCCCUGAUAAACCCAUGCAGCUGAACCAGGCGCUGUUCAUGCUCGGAGGCCGCAGCGGCUACGUCCUGCAGCCUGACAUCAUGAGGGAUGAAACGUUCGACCCUUUUGACAAGAACAGCCUGAAGAUUGUGGAGCCUAUCACGGUGCAGCUGCAGAUCCUUGGUGCCCGGCACUUGCCCAAGAACGGGAGGAGCAUCGUGUGCCCCUUUGUGGAGGUGGAGGUGUGUGGCUCCGAGUAUGACAACAGCAAGAACAAGACGGAUGUUGUCGCUGACAAUGGUUUCAACCCCGUGUGGCUCUUCAAGCAGUUCGUCUUCGACAUCAACAACCCCGAGUUCGCCUUCCUCCGCUUUGUGGUGUACGAGGAGGACAUGUUCAGCGACCCUAACUUUUUGGCACAAGCCACCUUCCCCGUCAAAGGCCUCAAAACAGGUUAUCGGUCAGUGCCGCUGAAGAACAGCUACACAGAGGACCUGGAGCUCGCUGCCCUCCUCAUCCACAUUGAGAUCAUCAAUGCCAAGGAGGAAGACGAGGAGAACCUCUACUCGUCCAUCCAGCAGCUGCGUGACCGCGCUAGCGAGCUCUCCAGCCAGGUCUCCAGCUACGAGCGCACCAACAACUGCGACUCCCGCUACCAGCAGCGCCUCGACGAGCUGCGGGCAGCCCAGGAGCGACUCAUGGAGCUCACCGAAGUGCGCAACCGCAAAUUGAUGGAGAAGAAGAAGAGGGAUCGGCAGAUGGUCAGCAAGCGCAACUGAGCCAGCUGGGGCUCGCUGGGCCUGGGGGUCUGGCCUGCACAAGCCCUGGCCGGUGC